GGUGGUGGGUGAAGCGUAGGACAGGAGGCACGUGGGAAGACCUCAGGCAAUGCGACGACGCGACAGACGACUACUUCCAGGAUAAGCUUCGAAUGUCGCCGCGAGUGUUCAGGGAAAUUGCGGAGGCGUGUGCACCUCAUCUUCAGCGGCGGGUCACGUUCUACGGGGAGCCUUUGCAGCCAGACCAGAUUUUGGCGUACGCGCUGUACAGGUGGGCUUCAGGAGAGACAUACGAGAGCAGCACGUGCAACUUCGGGAUUGGCCGGGCUUCUGGGUUGAUUGCCAUCCGCGACGUUACUGCCGCGCUACUAAGAGUGUUCGGAGAGAAGAUUUUGUGGCUGACAGGACUUCGUAAACUCGUCGUUCUGCGGGCAUUUGCUGAUAAAGGGUUCCCCAACUGCCACGGCUGCAUUGAUUGCACUCACGUGUACGUUGACAAGCCGGCGAACGCUCCUAGCGAAAACUACUACGAUAGGAAGCGUCGCUUCUCCAUCGUCGCGAAGGUUGUCGUCGACCUGGACUUGCGUGUGUUCGACGUGCACAUGGGAUACCCAGGUAGCUGCCAUGACAUCAGAGUGCUGCAGUUGUCCAGCCUGUCGCUGCGCGCAGAGGAGGGGUCGUUGUUCCGUGGUCCCCCCGUGACACUGCCGUUCGGUGUGAAGACAAACGGGUACGUUCUGGCGGACAAUGGGUACCCCCCUUCCGAAUGGAUGGUCGUUCCGUAUGGAGGCAUCAAUCAGCACGUCGACGAGGAACGGUUCGACAACAAACAGAAGGUGGCGAGGGGAGCGGUGGAGAGGGCGUUCGGCAGGCUGAAGGGCAUGUGGCGGCUGUUUCUGCGGACACACAAGACAAAUCUGGACACGCUCCCGCAACAAUUCACCGUCGUAUGCAUACUGUACAACAUGCUGAUCGACGCAGGAAUCCCCUUCAACGAUAAUCUGCUGUGGGAGGUCGACGCCAAUGGUGUGCGACGACGUGUGGACCUGGGGAUCGAACAGCCCCUCCAGCCUAUUUCGAAGUUGACGUCGACAGACGAAGCGUUGGUGCUGAGGGAUGCUUUGGCGGAAAGAUUGAAACACGAGUGAGUCGUGUUUCAUUUGUGGACGACAGCGCGUGGAAGUGCUUUCAUUGCAGCAAUGGGCGGAGGGCAGAUUCCGUCCUGCCUUAAUUGGGUCG